CCCUGAGACGGAGAAGAAAUCCUUACAUUUUUCCUUAAGGUUUUACCAGCAAUUAUUGACUAUAGCUUGAGCUGAACCUCAUAGUAUUUACACCCUGAAAGCGUCUGACCUGGUAUCAAGUUACUAUUAGCCUUGAUUGAGGUGCAGAAAAAUGCCCUUACAACUAAUUGAAGGGAUGUACAGCAGGAAGCGACGGCCGAACUGGACGGACCAGGAGUGUCUUCUCCUUGCUCAGUUAAUGCAGGAGAGAAAAGGCAUAAUUAGAGGGAGGUGCAGCACGGGAGUUUCAAUACUGGAUAAAAGACAAGCCUGGGAGGAAAUAGCCCACGCCAUCAACACCGCCUUUCCACAGAUGCAGCGUACAGGUUCUGACUGUAACAAAAAGUGGGAAAAUCUGCUGGCAAAGUCACGGGAGGAGAUCAAACGACAGAAAAGGCAAGCAGGUACAGAAGGCCUGUCCCUUGACCAGUUCAGUACUGUGACUCAGUUAGUGAUUUCUGUGAUGAACCUCUCAGACAUGCUGCAACAGGAGAGAAAAGACUCAUCAAUCUCAGAAUUGGUGGAAACUCAACAAAACAGCGGGGAUGAAGAUGAUUAUGACCACACAAUAGAUGAAAAAUUCUCAAACAAGCAUCCACUGACCGAGCUUGAUCUCCCUUCAUACUCAGAUCCAGCUGCUUCUCCAGCAAAACAGAAAAUGACUUUUACUAAUGUUCCUAAAUCACUCGCAGUGGAGUUUAGUAGUCAUCGUGCUGCUGGCUUUACUGUCUCUGCAGAGCAGCUAGAUACUCCCUGCUCUACUUCUCCACCGUCAGUACACUGCGCAACAUUGCGAGAGCGAAUGGAUUUGGAAAUGUCUGUGCUGAGAAGACAAGAGGCCGUCCUCAAGCUGCAAGAGGAGUAUUACACGCUGAAAAUUAAGCUGAUGAAAAAGCAAAUGGAAGAGCCACUAAACAAGGACUGAAAUAGUCUUAGAGAAUAACUUGUUGCACCUGUUUGUGACUUGUGCCUGCCUGUGAAAUGUGAUCAUUCAAGUCAAUAGAAAUUCAAGCAGUAUUUCUUUGUGUUGAAGCUUAAAUCGGUAAAAUUUUUUUGUAUUGCAAAUUGUAGUGAAAACAGCACAUUUAAUUUGUUUGGAGAUGCAUUUCAUGUUCUGCCUUUGAGAAAUAUUGAUCAGGCUCGUGAUGUCACACAUGACAAUGCCAGUGCGUUUCCUAUCAUUGUGCAGCCCAGUCGGCAGAAGAAAAUGUUGGUAUUGUAUGUUUCUGCAAACCGGAUAUACAUUAAAUUGUCAUUAUAAUAUAUAUAAAAUCUACAUUUCAGCAGGUAUCAAAGUGACGUAGUUCAGAUUACUGGGACAUGCAUGCAUAUGAGCUGAAUUUUUGUCAUCCGCAGGAGGAAGUGAUGGUGGCGGCAAAUAUAUACAUAUUCAUGAUACCUGGUCUUUUGGUGGUCUCUCCCCAGUGUGGAAUGGCCAAUUGACAUUUUCACAGGAGACAUUUUUGACUUAUGACAUAAAUAGCACAGGUGUAACCAAUAACGAUGACACCAUACCAUUAAGUGUGAGGCAUGUGAACUAUUGUGCACAGUGCAGUUAUAAUUAGUAAUACUGGUUAUACCUGUGCCUUUCAUGCUAUGAUGUGAAAAUAUCUCAAGUAUUCCCUCGCACUGCUAUUCUUGUCAUGGAUAACUCCACUGUUGGUCUGGAGAGACUGUGGACAGCCAUAAGUUUGCUUUAAUACACUGAAGCAACUAUUUGCUUCUUCCCACCUGCCAGCCGGGUCAACAGGACUGUGUGCAGUAGCUGAUUCCCUCUCCCUUAGGUCUCACCUCUCUCCAUGCAAGUGCCACAACCAACCAGUAGUAGUCCCUGGUGAGACAAAAUGAUCCCUCACCUGCAAACAAAGUCAUUUCUGGUCAUUGUAACAUACAUACAUAGACCAACCAUCCUGCCAAGACCACACAUGAUUUAAAAUAUUAGUAUUGUGCAUUAUAGCAGAUGAUGGCUAUUCAUCAUAACAAAAGAAAACCCGAAAACCUGAUGAAACUUGUAUGUAAUUUAUGCCAGAUUUGAUGUUCUCCUUGAAUAUAAUCAUUACUCUUCUUUGUGCAGUUGUAAUUGCUACAGUAGUGAGCUAGUCUGUGUAGCUUGCUCAUAGUCCCGUUAUAAUGAGAUGCUUUUGAAGUUCAAAAAAAGUAAUGCAGCAAGGUUUCUUUGUGUCGUCUGUUUAUUCUAAUGUACAUCAAUGCAAAUAUUAUAGAAUAAAAUCUAUAAUUGCAUAGAUUUCUGCUUUUGUUUUGUUUUACAGUGAAAAUGAAGGAAUUCACCACAUUUGGUGCCUCACAUCGUUUCAGACC